AUGGUUCGCUUACAAAUUCUACUACUAGUUGUGUCAGCUGUACUAACUACUGUCUAUUCAUUAGACAACGACGAUAUAAAUACAACAGCUCCACCGAAGUCUGAGGACAAGCUAAUCUACAGUGUUAUACAAAGAAGACGACACCAAGUUCCUCAUGAAGAAAUCAAAGAAGAAGAUGUUGGAAGGUACUUCAGAAGACCACCUCGGACAACAACCGCGCCAUCAAUAUUUUCAAUGAAAGUUGAAAAUACAUAUCAACAUGUGUACCCGAACGUGAGAUCAUCAGGCGAACAAAUCCAUCUUAACCGAGACCAAACAAAUGUCGAUGACACUGGUUUGUCUUCAAAGCCCUCCUCUAUAAAAAUACCUAUGGAACGAAUUGUCAUGAGAACAAAAAAUUUAAGCAGAAGAAUACCAUUUGCAAAACGAUAUCAUCCUGCUGUUGCUCAACCGAUUACAAGUUUUAACGAUAAUCAUCUAGAAGAACAUAAGGUUGAAACUGAAUCUACAUCGACAACUACAACUUCAACAACAACGUCAACUACACCAGAGCCUGUGGUACUAGAAACAACUGAUAUGGAACAAAUAAGAAAAGUAUCUGUUGAAGAUUUCCAAAUUGUGGAUUCUUUCCCCUCAAAGACAUUAGAAAUUUCUCAAGAUGUAAUGUCUGAUAUUCAAAAUUCUGAAAAGUUGAGUGUUAUGCAAAGAAGACGAAACCAAGUUCCUCAUAAAGAAAACAAAAACGACGAUGUUUUAAGAUACUUCCGCAGACUACACCGGACAACAACCGUACCAUCAAUAUUUCCAAUGAAAGUUGAAAGUACUUAUCAAUAUGUGUACCCAAACAUGAGACCAUCAGAUAAACAAAUCUACCCUAAACAAAACCAAGCGGAUGCUGGUGAUACAGGUGUGUCCAUUAUUAAAAUACCUACCGAACGAAUUGUCAUGAGAACAAAAAAUUUCACCAGAAGAUUACCAUUUGCAAAACGAUAUCAUCCUGCUGUUGUUCAACCAAUUACAAGUUUUAGCGAUCAUCAUCUAGAAGAAGACACGAUCGAAAUUGAUUCUACAUCAACAACUACUUCGACAACAACGUCAACUACAACAACAACUACACCAGAACCUGUAGUACUUGAAACUACUGAAAUUGAACAAAGAAGAAAAGAAUCUGUUGAAGAUUUAAACAAUUCGGAUUUUUUCCCUUCAAGGACAUUAGAAAUUUCUCAACAUGUAAUGUCGGAAAUUCGAAAUUCUGAAGAGUUAACUGAACCAAAAGUUACAACAACCACAAGUAAAACUAUUUCCACUACCAUAGAGAAAUUAGAAGAAACGGAAUAUGUCCCUACUUCAAUUUACGUUCCAAAUAUAAUAUCUCACACCCGAAGACGACGGCCAUAUUUUCUUAAAAGGGUACAUAUGCAACCCAUCAAAGAAACACUGACAAUUAAUGAUAAUGGGGUCGUGUCCACUGCUGCACCUACAGUAGAUGCCACUACUGAAACUGAACAAGAAAAGAAAACCAUUUCCACGUCUCAUGAGUCAGAUUUACCGUCUAUUGUCAAAAAAACAAAACUACGUCGACGACUAUUAAACAGGGAUUCACUGAACAGGAGUUCACAAAAAUUUAAUUCGGAAGAUUUAAGAAAUAAACAAACUGAUACAUCUCUAGAUGUAUCACAUUCAACUUCAACUCAAAGAAUUCCCCCAACUCUGAAUGUUGAAAUAACAGCAUCACCUGUACCAAUGACUUCACCAAAACCACCACCAGUACCAACAUUAUCUCCUUGGUACGAUGGUUUUGGUAAAUAA